GUGAAAAGCUGUGCACUGAAAUCACAUUCUUCCCUCCAAUUCACCUCUCAACCCUCCCAGAUUCCCCCCAUCACCGUUUUCACCGAGAACCACUCUUAACAGAUCAAAGCACAAAAUCUCCUUUCUACUUUGAGCUAAACAAGGCACGAGUUGGUUCAGGUUUUCCAGAGAUACUCGAGAGAAGUUAGUCAAGCGAGAGCAAAAAAUGGGGAAAGACGAGGAGGAGAUGAGGGGGGAGAUUGAGGAGCGCCUGAUAAACGAAGAGUACAAGAUUUGGAAGAAGAACACCCCUUUCCUCUACGAUCUGGUGAUAACCCACGCGCUCGAGUGGCCGUCGCUGACCGUCGAGUGGCUGCCCGACCGGGAGGAGCCGCCGGGCAAGGACUAUUCAGUCCAGAAGAUGAUUCUGGGGACUCACACAUCGGAGAACGAGCCCAAUUAUCUGAUGCUGGCGCAGGCGCAGCUGCCGCUCGAGGAUGCCGAGAAUGAUGCUCGCCAGUAUGACGAUGAGCGAUCUGAGUUCGGUGGUUUUGGGUGCGCGAAUGGGAAGGUGCAAAUUAUCCAACAAAUUAACCAUGAUGGGGAGGUCAACCGGGCUCGAUAUAUGCCGCAAAACCCAUUUAUUAUUGCAACAAAGACUGUUAGUGCAGAGGUUUAUGUUUUCGAUUAUAGUAAACAUCCGUCUAAACCUCCUUUGGACGGCACAUGCAACCCUGACUUGCGGCUGAGGGGCCAUAGUACUGAAGGAUACGGUUUGUCAUGGAGUCAGUUGAAGCAGGGCCAUUUAUUGAGCGGUUCGGAUGAUGCCCAGAUAUGUUUAUGGGACAUAAACGCGACUCCAAAGAACAAGGCUCUUGAUGCAAUGCAAAUUUUUAAGAUUCAUGAAGGUGUUGUUGAAGAUGUGGCAUGGCAUCUGAGGCAUGAGUACUUGUUUGGUUCUGUUGGAGAUGAUCAGUAUCUGCAUAUAUGGGACCUUCGAACUCCAGCUGUUAGCAAGCCUAUACAAUCUGUGGUUGCUCAUCAAAGUGAGGUGAACUGUUUAGCUUUUAAUCCAUUCAACGAGUGGGUUCUGGCAACAGGGUCUACUGAUAAGACUGUCAAAUUAUUUGACAUGAGAAAGCUUUCGACUGCCCUCCAUACUUUUGAUUGCCACAAGGAGGAAGUAUUCCAGGUUGGAUGGAAUCCAAAGAACGAGACUAUCUUAGCUUCUUGUUGCCUUGGUAGGAGGCUAAUGAUUUGGGAUCUUAGCAGGAUUGAUGAGGAGCAGACGCCAGAGGAUGCUGAGGAUGGCCCACCUGAGUUGAUAUUCAUUCACGGUGGCCACACGAGCAAGAUCUCAGAUUUUUCAUGGAACCCUUGUGAAGAUUGGGUUGUUGCUAGUGUUGCAGAGGAUAAUAUACUCCAAAUUUGGCAGAUGGCCGAUAAUAUCUACCAUGAUGAGGAUGACUUACCUGGAGACGACUCAAAUAAAGGUUCCUAUUUCUUGCAAGAUUAUUUUGCUAAAUGGUAUAGGUGGCGGUCACCGGAGGAGAUCAGCAGCAAGAAGCAGAGGACAAGACACUACACGUCGAGGGCCGGGGUCGAGUGCACGGCUAGAGACGUCCUUGACAACCAGUCACUCGAUAGAAGAAACGGAUGA